CAGUCCCUGACUGAACCGCUGAACCUUCAGCAAAGGCGGCGCGCGCACCGAUGUCGCGAAUCUCGCCAUCUCCUUCCCUCCCACUCCUCUCCCACCAUCACUUUGUUCCCUUAUUCGUCCGCUGCCGUUGGAGGACUUCCGCGCCGGCAGAAGAACUAGACGCGGACGAGAAAAGGAGCGUCCCUAUGACCAAUUGGUGGCAGCGCGCGUUGGGGCAGCGCCUCAACUCGGCGGGCGUGGGCUCCUUCGCGAGCGUCGUGGCGCGGGAGCCCCACCUUGCCCUCCCCCACAUCGCCGUCCCGGACAUCCGCUGGAUCGACUGGACCGAGAUGGAGCGCCUCGGCUUCCGCGGCGUCGUCUUCGACAAGGACAACACCCUCACUGCUCCUUACUCCCUCUCCCUCUGGCCCCCUCUCUCCCACUCCCUCCACCUUUGUCGCUCCGCCUUUCCCGGCAAGAUCGCCAUCUUUAGCAAUUCCGCCGGACUUCGGCAGUUUGAUCAGGAUGGCUCAGAAGCUAGAGCUCUAGAGGAGUCGAUUGGAGGCAUUCAUGUUAUAAGGCAUGAGAUAAAAAAACCAUCUGGAACAGCUGAAGACAUUGAAAAAUACUUUGGUUGCUCAGCUUCACUACUUGUAAUGGUGGGAGAUCGGCAUUUCACAGAUGUUGUCUAUGGAAACAAACAUGGCUUUUUAACUAUCUUAACAGAACCACUAAGUCUUUCUGAAGAGCCUUUCAUUGUCAAGCAGGUCAGAAAAUUGGAAAACAUUCUUGUCAAGCGCUGGUACCAGCAAGGACUAAGACCACCCAAGCAUGGUCUCCUAUCAGAAGCUAAUCAGUGUAUAAAAGUUCCAUCCUUAUGAGAAAUGUUUGGAACAGUAAAAAGAAGAUCAACGAUUCCUUUCAUCACCAUGACUUCUGCCAAGCUCUGUUGUAACGCUUAUAUCAGAACUUGUGUACAUGGGCAGAAAUACACAUUAAGACUGGCUCCAGUUUCUGCUUUAUUGAAUUGGAUCCCAUCCAAACUGACAUGUUUAUAUCAUCCAACAUGACACAUCACUUGUGAAAGCUUUUCAAAUCUUCUCAGGAAUAUGUUGCUUAACUCUGCAUGACAACUGUAUAACUGUGUAUAGCUCAUUCGGAUUCCUUAUGACUGUAUAAUACAUGGAUUUGUGUAAGCAUUCUCUGGGCUGCUCAAGCCAUUUUAAUGUGGCAUUGCCCGGACCAGGCUUUGUGGUUGGAAGAACUGUGCUUUGCUUCUGUUCCCACAA